CGUCGAUGAAAAACCCGAACUCGAUUCAAAUGUUUUGUUGACGUGAAAAGUCAAAAUUAUUUCCCUUUUUUCAAUGUUUUUGUUGAUAAUUAGAUGAAUGGCGACAAAAAACGAGACAGUGUUAUAUUCACAACUCCAACCAUGGAGCACCGUGGGGGCGGAUCCUUGCAUGGAGCAAGUCGCGGGGCCCCCAGUGCCGGUCCGCAUCGGUCAGUAUUACCAGACCCCACGGCCUCACCCUUGGAGACCAACUCUGGGUUACGAAAACGUCGAAGUCACCCCAUUGCCGAGUCAGCCGGUCACUAACGCCCUCAUCGAUCCCUGCUAUACCCCCCACGGUAUGGCGACAGAGCCGUUGAAAUUCCCGAAUUUGGUGACCGGAUUUGAGCGAAAUCCGGCCCAUGCAGCCAGGGCCGCACUCUACACCAGAUACACCCCCAUAGAGUGGACGCAUAAUAAUUUGCGCAACUACGGCGAGUCGGACACAAAUCGGAAUUAUUCGGAACGGCUCAGAGGCGAAUUUAUCCGAGUUAUGAGAGAAACUGAUGAGAAAACGGCUCAAGGGCAGCGCGAGGUGGGCCGAAGACUCGGCGAAAGAAUCACCGAUUUGACCUUUUGGCGCAAUGAGGCCCGAACUGAGCUCGAGAGACUACUAACUGAGAGCGAUUUGCUUCAAGAGUCGCGCAGGUCCUUAGAAAAGGCUAUUUCGGACAUUGAGGGGCCCCUCCACAUCGCUCAGGAGUGUCUCUACCAGCGGGAAAACCGACAAGGGAUUGAUCUCGUUCACGAUAACGCCGAACACUCCCUUUUGAAGGAAAUCGAAGUGUAUAGAAAUUCUCAGGAACAGCUCAAAUGUCUCUACGAACGGAUCAAAGACCAGCUCAGGAACAACAGAGCGGCUCAGCAUGAACUCGAGACUGACGUCAGGAGCAAAGAAGGGGCUCUAGGGAUCGACAAUAUGUGCCACCAACUCAAUAAUUUCUCCAAAGGAAUCAAUUACUACGGAGGGAUUGAGAAAUACGACCCUACGGUUUCAACGGUUCAAACGUGGGCCGAGAACAGUAACCGAAUCGUUCAAAGGUCACAGUCGGAAAGGGGCAAAUCGGCUCAAUUGCGUUCCGAUAUUGACAAUUUAAUAAACACUGUUGCCACCCAAAUUUGGGACGCUUGGAGCAACACGAAUAAUGCUUUAGCAAGAAGGGCUGCUGAAACAUUGGAAGCAAAGAGUAAACUGCAAAUGCAUUUGCAUAAAAUUCAACAAGAAGUUUUCGAUGUCGAGAAAAACAUCGAAUUGUUGAAAAAGGCAAUUAUGGAUAAAAGCAAUCCGAUGAAAGUGGCUCACACGAGGCUCGAAGCCAGAACGCAUAGGAAGAAUGUGGAGUUGUGCAGAGACACGGCUCAAGACAGACUUGUGAAGGAAGUGGUUGACAUUCAAGACAGCAUUGAGUACCUCCACCGAAAGCUCCAGGAAGCGGAAGCUCAGCACCAACAGUUGCUCAAAACUAGAUCAAAUCUGGAGUCAGAUUUGCACAGCAAAGUCAAUUCGUUGUUCAUUGAUAGAGAAAAAUGUAUGGGGAUGAGGAGGUCAUUCCCAAUCACCGCCACCAUCAAAUACUAGUCGAAAUAAAUCAUGCACUA